GGAGGCUUCGGCAGCCAUGGCUCCCAACGUUCCCGCGGCUGAGCCGGCCCCAGAGAGUCCUAAAGGCAUCCGGGCCGUGCUACUGGGGCCGCCCGGGGCCGGCAAGGGCACCCAGGCACCCAAAUUGGCCAAAAACUUCUGUGUCUGCCAUCUGGCAACUGGGGACAUGCUGAGGGCCAUGGUGGCUUCUGGCUCAGAGCUGGGGAAAAAGCUGAAGGCAACUAUGGAUGCUGGGAAGCUGGUGAGUGAUGAAAUGGUCAUGGAACUCAUUGAGAAGAAUUUGGACACCCCUCCAUGCAAAAAUGGUUUUCUUCUAGAUGGCUUCCCCCGGCCUGUGAGGCAGGCAGAAAUGCCUGACGACCUCAUGGAGAAGAGGAAAGAGAAGCUUGAUUCUGUGAUUGAAUUCCGCAUCCCAGACUCCCUGUUGAUCCGGAGAAUUACAGGAAGGCUGAUUCACCCCCUGAGUGGCCGUUCCUACCACGAGGAGUUCAACCCCCCAAAGGAGCCCAUGAAAGAUGACAUCACUGGGGAACCAUUGAUCCGAAGAUCAGAUGAUAAUAAGAAGGCCUUGAAAAUCUGCCUGGAGGGCUAUCACACGCAGACUACCCCGCUGGUGGAAUACUACAGGAAACGGGGGAUCCACGCUGCCAUCGACGCCUCCCAGACCCCUGAUGUCGUGUUUGCGAGCAUUCUAGCAGCCUUCUCCAAAGCCACAUCCUAGUAGCAGAAGGCCAGGCGAGACUGCACCACUGCUCAUCACCCCGCGGCGCGAUCCCUGCUUUUAGGUGCUGGGUAGAGGGGAGGGGUGGUCAGGGUAAGGAUGGAGAAUCAAGUGUGGUGAAGGGCUCACGAAAAGUAUUGGAAGGGCAGCAGUGUUGUAGGGAGGUGAUUUCUUUCGCAUAUAGUAGGAGUCUUAAAGAGUAUGUGUAAUUAAUUUUUUUAAAGACUGAUUGAAGGAUAUAA